UUACAGCUCACACUCGGCUGACUGGUGCCACGCUGCGGCGCCUGCUCAGUGCGCCUCCGCCGCUGCUGCUCGGAUCCUGGACCAGGAGCUCCUCUGCGUCCUCUGCACUGUGUGUGUGUGCGUGUGUGUGUGUACAGUGUGUGUCUGAUGCUAACCUAUGGAUUGACGGAGGGAGGCUAUUGUUGUCAGCCCGGUGGCUCUUUCUGCUGGAGCCGCACUUUCCCCGGAGAAUGCGCCGGAGCUGCGUUACUGCUCGGACAGCGCAGAAACCCCCCCGCGGAAACACGAUAUUGACAUGAAGAAAGACAUUGAGACUCUAAUAGCAGAGGAACGUGCUGAUAUCAUCUUGAAAUAUGCUACGGAUGGAGAGUUCACACGUGGUUGGUUUUGUGGUUAAAGAAACAACCAGCAGACACGCUGAGAUGGACGAAAGCGUGAAUUCAACUGGCCGGCAGGGCGGGGUGGAGAUCGACCCCUGGGAAGAUGCUGACUACAGUAUCUACAAAGUCAUCGACCGCUUCGGCUUCAUGCAUGAGGACGAGCUGCCCGCCCCGACUACCCACGAGGAAAAGCGGAAGCAGCUGGAGAUAGAGAGAGCGGAGAAGUGGCUGAAGAUGGUGAAGAAGUGGGAUAAAUACAAGAACAGUGACAGGAUGGUGAAGCGGGUGUACAAGGGCAUCCCCCUGCAGCUCAGAGGCCGGGCCUGGGCGCUGAUGCUGGACGUGGAGAGGACGAAGAAGGAGAACGAGGGCAAAUACGAGAGAAUGAAGGAACAGGCCCGACUGUACUCGUCUGAGAUCAAGCAGAUCGACCUGGACAUCAACAGGACCUUUCGAAACCACAUCAUGUUCAUGGAUCGCUUCGGAGUCAAGCAGCAGUCUCUUUUCCACGUUCUUUCUGCAUAUUCGGUCUACAACACAGAGGUGAGCUACUGCCAGGGGAUGAGUCAGAUCGCCGCCCUGCUGCUGAUGUACAUGAACGAGGAAGACGCCUUCUGGGCGCUGUCGCAGCUGCUGACCGAUCAGAAACACGGCAUGCACGGAUUUUUUGUUCCCGGGUUCCCCAAACUUCAGCGGUUCCAGACGCAUCAUGAUCAGAUUAUUUCUAAACUUGUCCCCAAGCUGAAGAAACAUCUGAGCGCCUGCUGAAGAUGUCUCUGGAGGAGCUCAGGGAGUUCCUGCAGGAGCGGAUCGCUCAAACUUUCUUCUACAGUGACGACAUCAUCGUCGAGCAGCUUCAGGCCUCCAUGACCGAACUGAGGAAGAUGAAGCUGGACCUUCCUCCUCCAGGGAAACCCGACGAGUUGCCCCGUAAGCCUCUGGGUCAGGAGCUGCCGGUGCUGUUGAGUCCAGUCCAGCCCUCCAGAGGGAAGUCGUCCUCGGCCAGCGGGUUCCCUAGACCCGGCCUGAGCCUCCACAUCAUCUCCCACCAGCCUGACUCCAUAUCCCCAGACCAGAGCCCCUCCAAGGACCCGAGGGACCUCGAGGCUGUGGACGAGGAGGAGGCCCCGCUGCCUUCCCCGGACCCUGUCAUCAUCCACAGCGAGGCUCCACUCACCCCCGACAGCUCCCCGCUCACGGGCCCUCCGCCUUACCGCCCCCCGGGGAGUCAAGCAGUGGACCGCCCCUCGCCACCGGAUCAGCCCUCCAUAGACGACUCCUCUGCCGCCACCACCGAGCAGUCCUCCUGCACGGCCCCACGGACUCUUUCGGCGCCCGUAGCCCAGGUGGCGUCACCGGCUUCGGGUCUGGCUCAGUUGGAGAGUCUGUCUGCGGCAGAGAGGGCCGAGGACCACUACCUGGUCCAGCUGCUGGAGCAGGCCUCGGCUCUGGGCACCGACAGGAACCUGAACCAGGACUCUAGUGAAGCGUCGGAGGAAACACGGGACCCUGAAACCUCGUGAAGCUCAGAUUUAUUGAUUAUGUGCCCUCUCUGUUUGUUAUUAUUGGAUUAUGUGUGUGUGGAGUUGGCUCUGAACUACACGAGUGCGAUUGAUCGGUCAGAUUAUCGAUGUCAAGCAAUAAUUGCUUAUAAAUAUGUUUCAGUUUCAGUUUGGUAAUUUUAAAAAGUUAGUCAAACGUCCUCCUUUGUUUAAAAGUUUGGGUGUUUUCCACACAGGGAGGGUCUAAAGAGUUGCAUUAUGGGAAGUGUAGUGUUUUUAGAGCUUGGCCCACAUAGAGGACUAAAAUUUGGUCAUUCUGUUUUUAAUCGGUCUCUCACAAACUAUUUGAAUGUGGCUUCAAUUGCAGAGAAAUUCCAAAUAUUAUUAUUGAAGAAAAUGAAAAGGACAUCUUUUAUUAUCUAAUUGACCCUUCCUAAACCCCGCCCCUUUUGCUCUGGGCUCCAAUCACAGUUGAGCUAGCCUCAGUCAACUUCCUCCUUUCCUGUAUUUAGAUAUGCUACGUGCUAGGUUAAUCCAUGUUGAAAAGACAACCACGUUUUGAAGAUGGUUAAAAGAUAAAAGAGACGUAUAUUUAAGGAUUAAAGGUCAUUUACAACGUAGGAUUGUCGAAAUAAAUUCUGAUUAAAGUUUCCUUUAAAAACUAAGUAAUAAUUGUAAUAAUAACAAAUAAUAAAAAGUUAUCUAAGUUAGCUAAAAAACUGUCACUAACAAUUGAUGAAAUUAGCUUGCUAGUUAUCUAGUAUUUUGUCAAAAUUAGCU